UUGAAAACUGAAACAAAAAUAGUUGAAAUUUUGUUCAAAUGGUUACUGAAAGAAUUUCAAUUACUUGAUUAAACAAACACAAGGCUUUUUGGAGUAAAAGAUGUUGGGAAACUUCAUUACCAGCGGUUUAGUAUUGAUUCUUGGAUAUGCGUAUCCCGCUUUUGAAUGUUUUAAAACUAUUGAGAAGAACAAAGUGGAGAUUGAUGAACUUAGAUUCUGGUGCCAAUAUUGGAUUAUCGUCGCGGCGUUGAGAAUCUUUGAGAGCUUUGGUGAUUUGUUCUUGUCAUGGUUACCAAUGUAUGGUGAGGCAAAAUUGGCACUUUUCAUCUACUUAUGGUAUCCAAAAACAAAAGGCACAGCAUAUAUCUAUGACACCAUAUUGAAGCCAUUUGUUGCAAAGUAUGAAACAGAUAUUGACAGGAGUUUGAUUGAAUUUAGAGCCAAGGCAUGGGACUUAGCCAUUUAUUACUGGCAAAAUUGUACAGAAAUAGGACAAGCAAAGUUCUUGCAGAUGAUCGAGUAUAUAGCUUCUCAGUCUAAAAGAGGAACAUACCCCAAUUCCGAGAUUAAAGAUGAGACUAAUCAUUCAGGUGAAGUGCCACCAAACACCCCAUCUGGAUUAUUUAAGAGGAACAAUAAGCAACCGGUCGAUAAGAAGCCAACACACAGUUCAUCUUCACCACCACCCUCGCGGCCUCCGUUUCAAGACUAUGAUAGUGUUGAAGACAAUAAUUUUCAUGCUGGCAGGGCCACAUUAAGACGUUCCAACAAAGGGACUAGUUAGCAAAAUUGUCGCACAACAACGGAAAAGUUUUUGUAAUAUUGUAACAAAAAAAAUUAGAAAAAAAUUGUGAGCAAAAUAUUUUUAAUGAUUUCUUUUUUCUUUUCCGUUUUCGAUUUUCCAGUUUUGACAGAAUUAUUUUAUAUAAGAAAUGAAAUUCUUUCGGUUA